AUGAAUAAUGUGGCCAGACUCCAUGGGGUGCCCUCUCAGACCAAAGACCACAAGACUGUUUCCCUGUGGUGCACGCAGGCCCAGCAGGCCUUCAGGUCUGAGCCCCGGAACCUGACCGUGCGGAUGGGAGCCACAGCUGUGCUGAGGUGUGAGGUGCUGCGGGCCUCAGGGACUGUGCAGUGGGUGAAAGAUGGCCUCCUCCUGGGACCUCAGAGAAGCCUGCCAGGCUUUCCACGCUACAGCAUGAUUGGAAACCCCAAGAGAGGGCAGAAUCACCUUCAGAUCGAAAAGGCUCAACUGGAAGAUGAAGCCUUCUAUGAAUGUCAAGCAGGACAAUCGGAAAGCAGUCUGGCCAUCAUUUCCAACACGGCCUUGGUCAACGUGUUAAUUCCUCCUUCCAGGCCAUAUUUUGAGGUGGACAUGGCAACACCUUGGGUGGCAGGCAAAAAGUACACUUUCACCUGUAUAGCGCCUGACGCAAAGCCUGCAGCUGAAAUCACACUUUAUAAAGAUGGAGUCAAGCUGACAGGUGCAGAGUCGUUCACUGUGUCUGGCUCAAAGGAUAAGCUCCUGAACACGCAUGCUGAAGUAACGGUCACCGCUCUGAGCUCUGACAACGGGAGGCAGCUGGCAUGUCAGGCAGGGAACCCCGCCCUUUUCCGGCCCGUGGAGACCACGGUGACCAUGAGCGUGUACUUCCCACCUCAGCCUCCAGCCAUUGUAGGUCUGUCGAGAGAGGAAGUCAAAGCGGGGAGAACGCUCAUGCUGGAGUGUGUGUCUCAUGGUGGAAACCCCCUAGCCAAUCUCCACUGGACCAAGAAUGGGGAAGUUUUGUCCACGACUUGGGAGGAGGAUUUCGUUGCACGAAAGUCCAGCAGUUUCCUGAACCUGAAGAUCGGCCCCGUGGAUAACCAGGCUGUUCUGUGCUGUGAGAGCGUCAAUCUUGUUUCCCUAUCGCCCCUGUCUGUCAGCCGUAGAAUCACUGUGCUAUUUGAGCCCACAGAGGUGACACUGUUGGGUUCCUCCACAGCCAUAGAGGGGCAGGUCUUGAGUCUGUGCUGCAUCGCAUCAUCUAGUAAUCCCCCUGUGCAGAUCCGCUGGUGGCUGGGCUACAAAGAGCUCAACACUACUUCUGUCACCGUGGAGGAGGGAGACCAUGGUGGGAUGACAACCAUGUCUAACAUGACUCACCAGGUCUCCAGGGAGGAGGAUGGGCUCAAACUCACCUGUGAGGCUUUCAACAAGGGCACACACUUCUCCAAGACCCAGGUCACCACAGUCAGUGUCUAUUACCCCCCUCAAAAGAUUUGGCUAGAUGCUCCACCUCAAGAUGUCCCUCUUCGUUCAGACACAGUCCGUCUCACCUGCUUCGCGACUGGAGGGAAUCCCACCGGAUCUUUGACCUGGUUCAAGGAUGGAAAGGUUGUAUCAGAUGCACUGAGUCAGACGUCCUUUGAUCGGGGUGUCGCUCGAGAGCUGGUUUUGGUCUUGACGGCCAGUGACAAUAUGGCUACCUACCGCUGUGACGCAAGAAAUGAAGCAAAGGAGGCCAUCUCUGCCUACACUAAGCUCAUGGUUCAGUUUCCAGCACUAAGUGUCACGAUCACCAUCAAACAAAAGGAGCUACGUCGGGGUCAACUGCUGAAUCUGGAGUGUCAGUCUGGAAGCAGUAACCCACAGGCUAGCGUCUCCUGGAGCUUGGGCGCCCUCAGGUUCAAGGGAGAGGAGCAGCCGCCAAAGAAGGCUCAGUAUGGUGGUGUGUCAGUGCGCAGUUCUCUAUCCCUCAAUCUGACUUCACAGCACCACAACCAGAGGAUCAUUUGCCAGGCUUACAGCUCCGUGCUAGCGGAGGGCCCUAACACAUUCUUCAAACUUAAUGUGCUUUACCCACCAGAGUUCAGCCCGGAGCAGCCAACGCAGGUCCAGGUGGUGGAGGACGACGUGGCAACCAUCCCACUGCUGGUCUCAGCUAACCCCGAGGAGGUCUCCUGCAUUUGGCUGCAUCGCAGGGAGAAGCUGGUCAAAGAGGGGGACCUGCGCUUCCACUGGUCAGACGACAACUCGCUGGAGAUUGAGAAUGUGACGAGAAAAAAUGCCGGAGUUUACACUGUAAGGUGCACAAAUGAUGAGGGUGUCAGCCAAAUCUCCAUCACGCUGGAUGUUCAGUAUGCUCCCAGUGUUAAAGCAGAGAAAGACCCUGUGAUCGUGAACCUUGGGGAAACAGCAGACCUGAUAUGUGUGGCAGAUGCCAACCCCAUUAUUUCCGGCAUGUUCUCUUGGAAAUUCAGGGGGGAAGGGGAGGUAGAGACGGGAGAAGAGACCCAGGAAGACGAAUCUGGCCUUUUGACCAUCCAUGAUGUGACACGAGCUCAUGCUGGUUUUUACCGGUGCACAGCUAAUAACGGCAUAGCCUCCCCUGCUGCUGUGGAUGUGCAGCUGAUAGUGCAAUUCAAACCAGUGCUGCAGAAAGGAGCCCAGUGGAGGAAGGUAGCAAGCAGAGGUGACGGCACAACCACAGCUGAACUAGUGUGUCAGGCAGAAGGUAUUCCACGGGUUGAAUUCUCUUGGGAGAAAAAUGGUGUACGCAUGGAUUUUGCUAAUCCCAGGUAUGAGGAGCGGACUGUGAGGGAGGGCUUCUUCCACACCAGCACAGUUCUAGUCGUGAAUGUGAGUGCGGCUCUGGACUAUGCAGUCUUCAGCUGCACUGCUCACAACUCACUCGGGGAAGACAAGCUAGACAUCCAGCUCGUCAGCACAAAUCACCCAGAUCCUCCUUCAUUGUUUCGCCGAGUCAGUGUCACCCACGACUCAGUCACUCUGGAGUGGAUCCCCGGCUUCAAUGGCGGCUUGCGGCAGAGAUUUCGUAUAAGAUAUUGUUGGGAUCGGUCUGCCAGCUUUCUGUACAUGGACGUCUUUCCUCCCAGUGCUACCAUCUUCACUGUCACUAACCUGCAGCCUGUCACCACCUAUAACUUCUCUGUCAAUGCCCUCAAUGCAAUGGGAGAGAGUGGCUAUGCUGACAAUAAUGCAGUUCUGACCGUCACCACCAAGGAGAGGACAGAAGAAGAAAAACUUCCACCAGACGAUGACUCAGUCUCACCAAGUGCACGAGGACUGCCGGCCUACUUGACUGUAGUUUUCACAGUGGUGUUUGGAGUCCUGCUGGUCUUAAACUCAUUGGGUUGCUACUUUGGAUUGAGGUGGAAAAGGAGGCGAGGACAGACAGGGGAUGGAGGAGGCAGUGUGCUAGAUGUGAAGAAGAAUGAAGAAGAGGGAAAUAAUCUGAUUUCUUCAUGCAGGUCCAGUCAGUCAACUGUAAGCAACUCCAAUAAAUAUGAGAGCAGAGAAAAGAUCAACGCUGCUGCCCAGCGCACCCUCCUCAUCGACUCUGGAUCUGAAACGGAGAGCAAUGUGUACGAGAGCUACGCAGCAGAAAGUGCCCAUUAUUAUUAUUACCCCGCUGGUGACUACAGGCCGCCUCUCAGUCCUCACACAGAGGAAACACGUAGGCUUGAUGUUACCCACCCUGACAAUCAAAGCCAUUUGUAUGAAGAAGUAAGAGACACGGGUCUGUACCAGGAAGUCCUGGCUUCCUCUCCUCCUUCCCAUCAAUCCUUAUUUGACCACAGACUUCCCUACCAAAGAAACGAGUGGCGACCCCCCACCUACCCUCAGGGUGCCGAGAGAACGAGAGACUUCAUGGAUGUUCAGCGGCCGCAGAGAGACUCUGAUCUUCCUUUUGAUCUACGAGGUGAACUAGUGUAGAAUGAGAAGGUCAGCAUAAAUAAACGCACUGUGACAGCACCAGUGACUCAACGCUAGUCACUGGGGACAGUGUUGUAAAGCAAACACUGAAUAUGGGGUUAUUUAGAAAAUGCAGUUAGUUAACUUGAAGGAAAGAAGGAGGUUGUUGAUAUCACUCAAUAUUGUCUCUCACUUUGAGCUCUGACUGUCUGUAUAGUAAACAUGAAACAGUGUUACUUAAAGGACUGAGCUGACCUGCAGAAUGAUUUUGUACAUCAAAAUAAAAGUGUGGAAGUGAUUAUUCUGA